CGCCGCUUUGUUCCGGGCGCGCGGAGGGAAGGCGAGGCUGCGGCGGAUCAUGCCCAUGGUGUAGCCGCCCAGCGGAGGCAUGGCUGCCGGAAGGUUACUGCUCUACACGGGCCUGUCGCUAGCGCUCUGCGCCCUGGGCAUGCUGGCCGUGGCCAUCUGCUCCGACCACUGGUACGAGACGGACGCCAGGAAGCACAGGGACAGGUGCAAGGCCUUCAACACCCGCCGCGUCGACCCGGGAUUCAUUUACAACAACAAUAACAACUUGCCGCCCGGGGGGAGCCGCUCGCGCCUGGACCGCUGGGAGGGCAAACUCCUCCGGGCCCGGAAUCGCCGGCAGCUCUUCGCCAUGAGCCCCGCGGAUGAGUGCAGCCGGCAGUACAACUCCACCAACAUGGGCCUGUGGAGGAAGUGCCACCGGCAGGGCUUCGACCCAGAGAUCGCAGCCCUCAUUCGGAAAGGAGAAAUUGAGCGAUGCACAUACAUCAAAUACCACUACUCCUCAGCAACCAUCCCCAGGAACCUCACUUUCAAUAUCACGAAGACCAUCCGUCAGGACGAGUGGCAUGCCCUACACCUGCGCAGAAUGACGGCCGGCUUCAUGGGCAUGGCGGUGGCCAUCAUCCUCUUCGGCUGGAUCAUUGGCGUGCUGGGCUGCUGCUGGGACCGAGGCCUUAUGCAGUAUGUGGCGGGGCUUCUCUUCCUCAUGGGAGGAACCUUCUGCAUCAUUUCACUGUGCACCUGUGUGGCUGGGAUCAACUUCGAGCUGUCGCGCUACCCACGCUACCUGUAUGGACUCCCCGAUGACAUCAGCCAUGGCUACGGAUGGUCCAUGUUCUGUGCUUGGGGAGGCCUGGGCCUCACACUAAUCUCGGGAUUCUUCUGUACCUUGGCCCCUUCUGUCCAACCUGUCCCGAGGACCAACUGCCCUAAAUCCAGACCCGAAAAUGGGACAGUGUGCUAAAAAACAAACCCUACACACACACACACACACACACACACACGCACACACACACACAUGCA